AUGCCAAAGGUUUUUUUGAAGAGGAAAACGCCCUCCGAUUCUACUGUCUCUCCUCUAUCCUCGGUCAAGAAACGUCUCAAGGACAACCCACCAUCACCGUCCACUUCUGAGGCAGAUGAAGAAGAAGAAACGGUGGCUGAAGAAUCCACAGAAGAUAUCCCAGAGAAAGUGGCCUCUGACAAAGAGCUGUCUCAGGAACCUGAAGAAUCAGCCACCGACUCUGAGCCAAGGGAAGAGGAAGAUGUUGCGUCGUCUGAUCCAGAUGUGGACACAAUCCCAAGCCCUGUCGCCGCUGUUCCCAGUCCUGUGGUAACAAAACCCUCAUCCAAGGGAAAAGGCAAGAAACCCAUCUCUCGGUCUGGUACUCCUCUUACUAAGUCAGUGGUAAAAUUUCAACCUCACUCUUAUUCCUUCUGUUAUAAUGAUAAUGAACGAGAUAUGAUGUUGUAUGCCCAUCGUAAGUUCCUUCCCGAGAGGAAUUUUGUUCUUAGUGACCAUAGGUCCUUCGGAGUUCUCAUCUUGCUUCAAAAACGUGAGUGGGUUGGGUCCUUGGUGAAGCUUUCUGGCUAUGUGGAGCGUGUUGUGAAGGAGUUUUAUGCCAAUCUUACCAAUGAUGUGCUUGAUCCAAAGUCCCCUCACUUCGAAAAGGUUUAUGUCCGCGGACAAUGGUACUCCUUCGCUCCUAAAGAUAUUGUAAUCGCACUCCAAAUUCCGAUUGCAACUGUUGAAGACCAAGCUGCUGAAACUCUUGAUCGCGAUGAAGUAUUGUCCGAGCUCGUGGGACAAAGAAUGCAGUGGUCUCCCAACACUGUUCUGCUGGUCACCAACCUGACAAAUACGUAUGCUGUGCUCCACAAGUUCGCCACUACCAACUGGAAGCCUACAUCUCACACUAACACAAUUUCUUUUGACCUGGCCGCAUUCCUCUAUAAAGUUGGCACAGGCAUAGAAGUUGAUCUGGCGAAACUCAUUUUUGAUCAAAUUGUUGGUUUCCGCAGUGGUAAUCGUAAGUCUCUUAAUUUGCCAUUUCCCCAUCUCAUUUAUAAAAUUCUUAGCAUGCAGAAUGAUGACAUCAAACUGGAGACCGAAGACUUGGUCCUAGCUUCUACUGCCGUUUCAUUCCGAUCAGGUGGUUCUUCAAAUGAGUCUGGCGAAGCACCAAGCGCCAAGAAAGUGAAGCCUCAGUCACUCAAUUUUGCAUCAGAGGACCUGCCCCUUGAUUCUGUCCCAACAGAUUCACCUGCUGUGGCUACUGAAUUGGCGUUCCUUCGUUCUAGUAUGGCUGAUCUUCACACAAAGUUUGCCAUCUUCCAGCAGUCCAUUCAUGACCUACGGCUGCUUGUCACCCGUGCUUCCAAUUUCUGA